GUCACAUCCGGUCUUUUUCAUACGUUGACUGAAGUAGACGGCCCUCUAGCGGAGAGACCGUUAAUGAGGAAGAUAACGUAUUAAAUCGGCGACUGGCGCCCAAGGCUACACGUUUCACAUUAGGUCCACACGGCAGGUGACCAAUGUAGCGCCCGUUGUAUAAAGGAAUACAUUAACCAGAAGCCCUCGGGGCAUCAAGCCGAGAGAUACGCAAGGAAUCAUGAACUAUGCUCGGUUUCUGACAGCUGUCAGCGCAGCCAGGAAGCCCUCUGCCAUCCGGAUCCUGACCGAGCUGCAGCAGCGUUCGCCUCCGUCCCUGAUCUCUUUGGCCGGAGGAGCGCCCAACCCGAACACCUUCCCCUUCCAGUCGGCGACCAUCACGGUGAAGAAUGGACCGACGGUCACCUUCGAUGAGGUGGCGAUGAAGAGGGCUCUGCAGUACUCUGCCUCUAGCGGAAUCCCUGAGCUGCUGACAUGGAUGAAGAACCUACAGAAGAACCUCCACAACCCGCCGACCGCCUCCUACACUCCCGAGAACGGCCAGAUGGACAUGUGUGUGACCACGGGGAGCCAGGAAGGGCUCUGUAAGCUGUUUGAGAUGCUGGUUAACCCUGGAGACAACGUUCUGCUGGACGCGCCCACGUAUUCAGGCACACUGGCAGCGCUCCAGCCGCUCGGUUGCAACUUAAUCAACGUUCCCAGCGAUCAGCACGGCAUGAUACCUGCAGCCCUGAAGGAGGUUUUGUCUCGGUGGGACCCCUCAGAAGUCCACAGCCCCGGCAGCACGGCUCCCAAGAUCCUCUACACAAUCCCCAACGGGGGAAACCCAACCGGGGCAUCCAUGACGGCUCAGAGGAAGCAGGAGGUGUACGAGCUGGCCAGGCAGUACGACAUGCUCAUCAUCGAGGACGACCCGUACUACUUCCUGCAGUUUGACAAGCCGUGGGCUCCCACGUUUCUGUCCAUGGACGUAGACGGGAGGAUCAUCAGGACGGACUCCUUCUCUAAGAUCCUGUCUUCAGGGCUGAGGAUCGGCUUUGUGACUGGCCCCAAACCGCUGGUAGACAGGGUGGUGCUGCACAUCCAGGCCUCCACAAUGCACACUAGUACCUUCACGCAGCUCAUGGUGUCUCAACUGUUGCACAGCUGGGGCCAAGAGGGUUUCCUCCAACACAUAGACGGCGUGAUUGAGUUUUAUAGGAAACAACGCGAUGCCAUGAUCGGCUCUGCAGACAAGUGGCUCAAAGAUGUGGCAGAGUGGCACGCACCAUCAGCAGGCAUGUUUCUGUGGAUCAAACUAAAGGGCAUAGCUGACACCCAACAGCUCAUCAUGAAGAAAGCUUUGGAGAAAGAGGUGUUGCUGGUUCCUGGAGGUGUCUUCAUGAUCAACAGUAGUGACCCCUGUCCGUACGUCAGAGCGGCUUUUUCCCUCUCCACACCAGAGCAGAUCGAUGAGGCUUUCAGAAGACUCUCCUCUCUCAUCAAAGAGGCUUUGUGAUCAUUUUUUUUCCCUGGUGGACGCUGAAUUUUUUAACUUAUUGUUGGACAAACUUAACAUUUGAAUGUGGUGUUAGGUCACUGUAACUAUAUCUUCACUACAGUCCAAAGAGGACCUUUAUUUUGCUGCAUGUCCGUUUAAACUCGGUGCUAAUUAUCAAAAGAUAUUUGGAGCAAUGAAUGAGUUUUAUAAAGAAAUAUUGGUUGUUGAUCUCAUAUUUGUUGCACUACAGAAAGUUUCUGUGUUCUCCUAAAGAGCCAAAACACACAUUACAAUACUUAUCUAAUGGGUUACCGCUGGCACAUGUUGAAAUUUAUCGACAAACUUUAACCCACAAGUGUUGAAAUUUGACAUUUCCGUGCACCUUUUUGAAGUCGGUGAAAUUGCACCAGAUUGCGUCAUUGCUGCUUCUGCUUUAGUCUUUGCAAGUGGUGCCUUAUCUGGACCGUACACACCAAGCAUACCAAGCACCCUCAAAUGUAAAGUGUCUUUGAGUUUGGUGCCUUUGGCUGGCGGUUACUCAAGCAAGUCACCUAUGAUGGCACUUACCUGUCAAUCAAAGCAGCCAACCUCAAGUGGCCAUUCGAGGAACUGCAGUUUUUGGCUUCAACGCUUGCUCUCUUUUUAGUUUUGUUCCAGCUCCUGAAGGUAAUAAUCUGUCUCUUUGACUGCCAUAAAUGCUAAAUAUAUUCA